GGAGGUACUCGUGCAAUACUGUGCCCCCGCAGGCGGCCAAACCCGCACAGUUCGGUUCCGUCCCUAAAGUGUUGUUGGCCGGAAUCUGUCGGGGAAGAGGCGCCUUCCAAACAGCGUGCGGUGGCAUUGACUCAGCCUUCCCUCUGCAUCUGUUGAUCCAGCCAAGUCAGAUGGAGAAUUCGGACGACAGGACCGAAGUGGUGCUCCUGGCCUGCGGCUCCUUCAACCCCAUCACCAACAUGCACCUCCGACUCUUCGAACUGGCAAGAGACCACCUGCACGAAACAGGGAGAUACAAAGUGGUGAAAGGGAUCGUUUCACCUGUGGGCGACGCGUACAAGAAGAAAGGCCUCAUCAGUGCCAGGCACCGGGUGACUAUGGCGAGGCUCGCGACGGAGAGCUCCGACUGGGUGGAAGUGGAUGACUGGGAGAGCAACCAAAAGGAAUGGCAAGAGACCAUCAAAGUCCUCAGGUAUCACCAGCAGAAGCUGAAACGUUCAUGUCUCGCUAACAGCUUUGAUGACGUAGCUCCUUUGAGCAAAACGGGGCGGAAGAGGAAACGGGAAACGGGCAGGCAAGUCCCCGUCAGCCGGAAUCAACCCCUAACAAAAGAUGUACCUCCUCAGCUGAAGUUGCUCUGUGGGACAGACAUCUUGGAGUCCUUUGCAGUCCCCAACCUCUGGAAAGCAGAAGACAUCGCGGAAAUCGUGGCCAACCACGGCAUGGUGUGCAUUAGCAGGGUGGGGAAUGACGCCCAGAAAUUCAUCUACGAAUCCGAGGUGCUGUGGAAGCACAAGGAAAGCAUCCACUUAGUGCAGGAGUGGAUUGCCAACGACAUCUCUGCCACCAAGAUCCGGAGAGCCUUGCGGAGGGGCCAGAGCAUCCGAUACCUGGUGCCAGACGCAGUUCGAGCUUACAUCAAGCAGCACGACCUGUACACUGCAGAGAGCGAAGAUCAGAAUUCAGGAGUCAUCCUCGCUCCAUUUCAGAGAUACACGAGGGAGGCCAAAAAUAAUUGAAGGUGUGGUGGUGGGGCUGGUCCAUAUGGGCAAGUGCCAGCUUCAGUCUUGAUUCCUCCAAGCCCCUCCUUGCUGUACACUCUUAGAGAGAGUUCCUGGCUGUCACAUUCCCCCUCUUUAGUCUCAGUGAUGCCCCUUGUAGAACACAACUGCAAGGAGGAUGAAGGCAACAUUGGAGUGAGUUGGCUCUGCCUGUCAUUGGCUCUGGCUCCACUCACCGCUGGGCUCCCUACCUUACACCCCACCAGUCCCAAUGGGCACCAGCCCCCAUUGAAUUUGAACAGUCCAUCUUUAGAUGGGAAAGGGAGGGGAGAGAGGGAGGGCUGGGGCAACCUUUGAGAGUUUUAUCAGCUUAAGAGUUUUAUUAGUGUGUUUUAUCAGCUUAGCAUUGUCACAGUCCUCAAAACCAUCCCCUUGCAUGCCAGGGACGGGGGCCUUAUGUAGAGUUGCCAGCUGGCGUGUCAAAAUCACACACACACACACACACACAGAG